AUGCCCAUUCUCGAAGGUGAUUCUAUCCGUAUCAAUAUCAUCAAAGCCAAUGAUCUCAUUCCCAUGGACGUAUCAGGAUCAUCAGAUCCCUAUGUCAUCCUCUCCUCUGCUCUCAACUUUUACGAUGAAAUUAAAACCUCCAUCGUGAAAAAGAAUUUAAAUCCAAUUUGGGAGAAUGAAGAGUAUUCAUUUCGAUCACCCAAAGAUCGAUCCGAAGGUUGGACCAUUAAAUUUCGAGUGAUGGAUUAUGAUCGUAUGAAAAAGGAUGAUUUUUUAGGAGAUGCCGAGUUGGUGAUCAACGAUGAUCGAUUCAAAGUGAAUAGUGGAAAGGAAGAACAAGUGGUCUUGCCAUUGAAAGGUGUCAAGAGUGGAACUUUGACUGUUGGCAUUUCUUUGAAGAGAUCAUCUAAUGGUACUUCAACCACUCCAGGUAGUAGUGCAACUGAAAACUCUCCAAUUUCAUCGCCAAGAGGUUUUUCACAUUCCGAUUCGUCUGUGUUUCGUGUCGAUAAUUUUCCUUAUUUUAUUUUCAAAGUUCCAAAACGAUUCAAGUUUGAUCCUCUCAAUAAGAAGAAGAAGAUUCAUUCCAUUUCGUGUUUUCAUCAUGUCCUACCAGAAGCAAGUGGUUUAUCCGUGUUGAACAGUGGAAGUAGUAGUGGUAGUGGUGAUAGUAAUAGUAUUAACAACAAUUCGGACCAUCAAAGUGCAUGUACGACUCUCUCUGAUGAUCAUUACGAACAUUUGACUUUCACAUUCAGUGACAAUAUUUUGCAAGAGAUGAAUUUGGAAAAAGCCAAGCUCUAUACCAUAUUCAGCCUUAAAAAGACUCACAAGGACUAUUCACGCAUGGCAGGACAUGAUUUGAUGACUCUUGAAGAGGACCUUGAUGUGACAUCAUUAUUCGAUUCACAAUUUUCAGGAGUCUAUCGUUGGCAAUGGUUCUUUUGGGACUUUCCAGAGAAGAGAAAGACUCGUGUCAUUGUGUACAUGAUUUUACCUGUUCAUACGUGUCGUUCCUUAAUUACAGUUGUAUAUAAAACAACUCUCGCAUCAAUGACUCAAGAGGAAAAAACGACAAGGAAUACUGUCGUUGUGUCAAAUCAUAAUAACAGUACGACAAGUGGCAUCAGUAAUAGUGGUAGUAGCAAUGGUGGUUCCAUGGAAGGAGAUUUCAUGGUUCAAUCCAUCGUGAAGAGUAUCGAAAAGAUUGUUCACCUUCAUUGA